AUGCCUCGAGAUAUCACACCUCCACCAACCAACCGAGCACCUAAACGGACGAGGGUCUAUCGAGCUUGUCAAUAUUGCGUCAGUGCAAAGACGCGUUGUGAGGAUGUAAGGAUAGAUGGAUGUUUCAUUUGCAGAAGGAAGGGUAAAGCAUGUUCGCUAGCUGGACUGAACAGUUCCGCGUAUAGCUCGGGGUCACAUGACGGUAACGCCAAUGAUGGUCGUACUGGGCUCAACGAAAUCGACAAAACCACAAAUGGGAAUGGGCAUGGCAGCAGUGGUUUGCUGGAGAAAAUAGAAAGACAAGAAGAGAGAUAUAAACAAUUAGAAGCGAGAUUUAAUCAGCUGGAAAAAAGAUUCAUUUCUGAUCAUUCCCGACAGAAUCACAAUGCUCAGCCAUCGAAACCGAUAUCGAUAUUGAACGGACAUGGACAUGGACAUGAAGAUUAUCACUUAGAUGAACAUUUACCACUACCAUCCAAAUAUCUUACGAAAACUUCACAUCCUCUCUUACCUCAAUCAUGGCAUGGACUAAUCCCAGUAUUCGAUGAGAAUCUACUCAAUGCAACGGAUCCAAACUCUCUACCUGACGUGGUGGGAUCAGGGUUGAUCGAUAAGUCUCAGUUAGAAAUGGGAUUUCAAUUAUUCAAACAUCAAUUCUCAUCCAUAUACCCAUUCCACACCUUCCUACUUACCUCCACGUCCGUACCUUCUCAGAGCUUCAUCAACCUAGUAAUCUUAUAUCACAUAUCUACGGAUACCGAUACCGAUACCAAUUCGAACUCGAUCAUACCUAUCGAUACAUCAAUAUUGAUCGGUCUGAUUGAGAAAUCACUCAUGGCGAUAUUAUCAGGAUCGACCAGCGCCGAGACAAUAUUCGCUUUAUUCAUACUUUCUUUUGCACCCGUGAAGAAAAAUCUAUCAUCAAGACAACAUCUCAGCUCGUUGAGGAUGAUCUCACUAGCUUAUAAUCUCGGUAAGAGCUCGGGCUGGGAUCAGAAAAUAAGAUUGAUCCUUAGAGAGAAUAAUAGGAAUAAUUUGUUUGAAAAUUGGUCAACCAAACAAUUAGAUUUGGUCUUAUUGUGGACAGCAAUAAUAAACCGAUACAACAUCUUGCACAUCAUUUCAACACCUUACGGUCACCCCAUCGAAUCGCCCGCACCGCUCAUCCCAUCCCACCAUCCCUCUGCUUCCGAAUCGAUCCGACUGACUGUCUCUCACCUUCAGCAGGAAUCCGAUCUGGUCGAUCGGGUGAGAGAAUUCCUUCAGACGCUGUACGAAGUGGAGUGCGAGGUGGAGAUGGAGCCGGACAGUCUGACCAGAUGUAUGGACCAGGUGACAGAUUGCAGGAAACGUAUACAGGAGUUUAGAGAUGGUCUGCAAUCUAGAAAAGAUCUCAUUGAAUACGAUUCUAGACUCAUUGAAUUUUCACUAAUCAUGAGAUUAUCGAUUCUCAAUCACAAUCUUCCAUCGCCCUUCUCACCAGAUCUUAAAUUACGGGGGUUAUCUAUGAUCGAUACAAACUAUCUACCUACCAGUUCAGCUCUAAUCGACAUUUUACUCUCACAACCCGACGGGAUUUCCAACGGGCUCCCUGUUGCAAUUGGGGGAUUACCAUCAUAUGUGAUUCAUAGUACAUGCCUAUCGUAUAUCUGUCUAAGAAGAGCAUUAUUCUAUAUCUACUCAAGAAGGAAUUUAAAUCAAAAUGAACAAGUUCAGUAUAAAGCUCUAAUUGAUUUAUUGGCCAGAUCACAAGAUGUAUUAGUUUCUCUAGGAGGUAGUCCGGCUUUGUUGGUGGAUUAUACGAAUCAGCAAUUAGGUCAAUUAGGUGAUUUGGGUUCGUUCUUGAAUGACAACAGCACGACGACGGAGAAUAUAAAUACGACAAAUGCGACAUAUAGUCAUGACAAAAGUGUUGUUUCGACAAAUGAUCAUAAUCAUAAUCACAAUCAUAAUCAACAUAUUUUAGUUGAUAACAGCCAUAACACGUUGGACAUGACACAUACGCAGGCGAACAUACCGAUAGAUUGGUCAAAUUGGGAUUGGUCGAAUUUGUUAGUUGAUCCAUUCUCGUUUGAUAUAGGUGUUGGACCAGUAGAAUGA